UAUCGCACGCGCCGCAAUGAUGGGCCUCGGACGAAAGCCCCCGGGGGGAAGCACACCAGUCAACGCUGCAGGAUCGCUGCAGCUGCUGAUCGGCAUUCAGCCAACCAUUGCUGGUCUCGAGUCAGCACGGAUUUUCACGCAACGUUGCACCUGGCCCGUGCUUCUAAGCUUGGCGGCAUUGAUGGCAGCUGCUCAGCCACCUCCAGGCCUGGGUCUGCACGGGGGAAUUCUCGUGGCUGGUGGGUGGUGUCGUUGACCGUAGUGGUGGCAGCGGUGAUGAUGGUGGUGAUGAUGAUGGUG